UUCAUAUGUCUUGCCGCAGAUGAGACUGAUAGAGACUUUGUGAAGGACCUUCUACAUUACGAGAGUGUAUCAGUUUCCGAGACCUUGGUGAUUGAUUGCACCGUCACACAUCCCAACUUAAACAUCACCUUAAUGCACAAAAAUAUAGAGAUCACCAAUCAAGAAAGAGUAAGUUUUGACCCUAGAAAAGGAUUUUCUGUGAAAAAUGUGAACCCGAGCGAUGCAGGAAAGUAUAAAUGCAAGGAUGGCAAAGGAAACUUUAUUGCAAAAGAUAUUGAAGUUACCACUGUUAAGCAGAUACGCAAGCCAGUGAUUUAUGAAGGGAAGAACCAACACUACGGUAAAGGAGACAGCUUUUACCUGGAGUGUAUACUGGUUGACCCGCUGAACAUAACACUUCGCUGGACUUACCCAAACUCAGAGGCUAAACAUAUAGUGGAGCAGGAUAGCGACGCCACUCACCAGUGGAGCUUUCUAAAGGUACAGAAUGCCUCGGAGCGUGACACAGGAAACUACACUUGCACCAUCAGCGCUCCAGGCCACUUGCCAAAUAGUGAUUCAAAGUACAUCACCAUCAUCAGGGAAAAGCUGGCACCAUUUGUCAAUGUCACAAGUGGAGCAAAUAACCUAAGCAUAGAUGAAGGACAGAAUGUAACAUGGAACGCCGAUUUGCUGUACUACCCUUAUGAUCCCGACAUCAAGUAUACAAACUGGAGAGGUCAGCUCAGACAAACAGACAGGAUUACGAUUGAGCAUAAAAAAAAUCAAAGUCAGUCAUGGCUUUAUAUCAGGAACAUAAGCAGCAGUGAUUUUGGAAACUACACCCUCACUGUGACCACCGGCGGGGGUAACGCCAGCGCAUCCUUCACUUUCCAGCUUCAAGUCAAGAGUAGGCCCCACAUGAAGCUGAGCGGUAUUCCUUCCUCUUUCAAGGAGGGAAUGAGUCUGAACAUCACCUGCUCAGCUGAGGGAUUUCCUCCAGCUAAUGUCAAUUUACAGUUUCAAGACUGCUCCAGUGGAAGUAACUCCUGUAGUCCUCCGGUAAAUGUGACUCAGACUGAAAAGGAGAACACUGACAUCCUUGCUCCUGGAAACAUUGUUGAGAAAAGUAUGACUUUCUCUCCUGACACCUCGGGACUGUUGUGGUGCGUUGGAGAAAAUGAUAAUGGAGCUGAAAACACAUCGGCUGUUGUCAGAAUAUCUGACAUUGGCGGCAUGUUUGUCCUGCGCCAUCUUGGGGAAAAUGGAACCGUUGAAGUUGGAGAGCGCGAUAAAUAUAUUUCUAUUGUAGAGAAUGACUACUUCUCUCUGAUGUGUGGAGGAAGUAAAUUUGACUAUAAGACUGUCUACCUUACACACACAUCGCCAGACUCUUCAAACACAACCACAUUCCAAGCUGAGGAGUCCAAGUUUUCAUUGAUAGUCAAUAAGACAGUUGAAAAAGCCAAGAAAGUGCUUGCCGGAAGCUACAUCUGCAAGGCUGAGCUCCACAAAGACCAGCAGAUCAACAUUAAGAGGCUUAACAUCACGGUUUGCCGUGAAGAGAAAGUGCAUUUUACAAAGGAAAGUAAUUUGAAAAACCAAAUAGUUGAGGUGACCAAAGAUGCGUCUUUCAACCUUAGCUGCAGUGUGGCGGGCACGCCAGAACCCACCAUCCAGUGGCUGAAGGACGGCAAGGUUCUCAACCGCAUAUCAGAAUUCUUUGAUGAAAAAACAAUGAAAUUCUCCAGAAACUCUAAAGAGCUGAUCUUCACCAUUGUGUUGGAGAGGCAUUCGGGUGUGUACACAUGUUUUGCGAAGAACAGGGUGAAUGGUGUCACAGGUUCCCUCACCAUCUCAGUGACAGGGGUGAGCAAAGGAGUCAAGGUGGGGUUGACCAUAUCCCUCGUGGGCAUUGCAUUGCUUACUCUUGUGGUCGUUGUUCUUCUGAAUCGAGUGAAGAAGGAAAGACGGUUUAAGAAAUCGGUAAAAGCAAUGCAGGAUUACUUGGUAAAGGAAGGUAAUAUUAGCCAGCUGAACCCCAACUUCACAGCUGAGGAACAGGCAGUCAAUCUGCCUUAUGAUGAAAGCAGGUGGGAGGUACCCAGGAGGAACAUCACUCAAGGAAAGCUAUUGGGCUCAGGUGCCUUUGGCCGGGUGAUUAAGGCAACUGUAACGGGUCUGGAGGGUCCAGCUACCACCACUGUUGCCAUCAAGAUGUGUAAGAGUCGUGAUUUCAAACAGCUGGAAGCCUUCAUAAUGGAGCUCAAGAUAAUGAUUCAUCUUGGCAAACACCUCAACAUAGUCAACCUGAUAGGAGCCAGCACGGUCCAGUGCGGCAAAGGAGAUCUCUGGAUUCUGGUCGAGUACUGUCGAUUUGGUGACCUCCUUAACUUCAUGAAGCGUCAUCGCAAAGAAUUCAUAAAUCAGAUUGAUGCUACCACUGGCAAGAUUGACUUUGAGAGGACUACCAAAAACCCAUACUCUCCUUUGCCACAUUCCUCCCGCAAAAGUCACGUACAAGCACCUGUCGACACGGAAGGGUACAUGAUUCCCAGCUCUCCUCGGUUUGCGCUCUCUGCCCCUCCACCCGGCCACUGUGCUAAGUCUGUUUACCCUUCCACUGUGUCAUCUAACAACUCUUCAGCAACAGAAAGCACCUCUCCUUGCCUGCCAGGCAUUGACCAUGCACAUAACCCUCUGUACUGCAUGGGGGUAAGCACAUCAACCGCAGGCCCUGAGGAAGAAAUUGAAAGGCAUGACGGCUUUUGUAAAUCUCUUACUUCACAAGAUAGAGACUCGAAAUACCUGACUCCUGGCACCAACACUCUCUUGAACAGCACCUUAGACGGCUCUCAGUCAUGGAGUGCGGGUACAAACACCACAAACCUCACACGACAAACCUCAUCCCCCUUGUCUCCUACAGACUCCUGUUUCAUGGGUGAAACUCACUUUGACUCCAAAGGGAAUGUCUUCACAUAUGGAGUUGGCAGUGUCCCUGGAUUCACUGCUCCCUUCUCCACAUGUGACCUCCUCUCCUGGGGAUGGCAGGUGGCUCAAGGCAUGGCUUACUUGUCCAAAAGAAACAUCCUUCAUGGAGACUUGGCUGCUCGGAACCUUCUCCUUGCUGACAAUAAUGUGGUGAAGAUCAGUGAUUUCGGUAUGUCUCGAGACAUAUAUAAAGAUAACGUCUACAGGAAGCAAAGAGAUGCUCUCAUGCCCGUCAAGUGGAUGUCAGUUGAGGGCAUUCGUGACCGAAUCUUCUCUGUGGAGAGCGAUGUUUGGGCUUUUGGUAUUACCCUGUGGGAGAUAUUUUCCUUGGGAGGCUCACCGUACCCAAACAUUGAGUGCACCAGCCUGCUGCAGUAUCUGGAGGAAGGUCACAGGAUGGGCCGUCCCAAAUAUGCCAAUGAUGAUAUCCACAUGAUCAUGAUGGAUUGCUGGAAGACAGAACCAAAGGAUCGACCUUCCUUCAGCCAACUGGUGGACAUUCUGGGAUUUUUGAUGCCAUCAAGCCUCAAAGAGGAAUUCUUGCCUAUGAAUGACAUCUACAUUCAAAUGAAUGAGGAGAGAUUUAAGGAGGAGCCGGACUACCUCAACAUGAUGGCCAGUCCAAAUUUUGAGAAUCUGACCAAGGCAGCAGAGCCUGAAGGCCUACUGCACAAAACUGUUCAG